AAAGGAAGACCAGCCAUCUUCAACUUUGUGAAUUAGAUUAAUAAUCUCCUGUCCUGUCACAGUAGAAAACAUGAUAUCCCACAGGGCUGGUGUAAUUCCUUUCUGUUUCUGGUAUUUUCACCUUGCGCUGGUUCAGUGUCCUAUCCAUUCCCUGCGAUACUUCUACAUAGCUACACCAGGAAUCCCAGCUUUCCCUGAGUUUGUAGCCGUUGGGAUGGUGGAUGGUGUGACUGUCUGUUACUAUGACAGCAGCACACAGAGGAUGGUUCCCAUGCAGAGGUGGAUGGCGGAUAAUCUGGAUCAGCGGUACUGGGAGGAGGAGACCAGUCUGGCCAGGAUGGCUGAGCAGGCCCUCAAAGCAGACAUUGAGAUUUUAAAACUGCGCUUUAAUCAGAGUGACGGAGUGCAUGUUUUUCAGAGAAUGUACGGCUGCCAUUAUGAUGACGGCAAAGCCACCAGCGGCAGUGAGCAGUAUGGCUAUGAAGGAGCAGAUUUCAUCUCCCUGGAUCUGGACAACAUGAGAUGGGUGGCAGCAGUGCUCCAGGCCGUCCCCACUAAACUCAAAUGGGACCGUUUCGACUCCCAGAUUCAGGGCCGAAAGGACUACUUCACCCACGAGUGCACUGACUGGCUGAAGAAAUAUGUUCAGUAUGGCAGCAGCACUCUGGGAAGGAAAGUUCCUCCAGAGGUCUCUGUGUUCUUGAGCAACUCCUCCUUCUCUCCAGCGGUGUGCCACGCUACAGGUUUCUACCCUGACAGGGUGAUGAUCACCUGGAAGAGAGAUGGAGCGGAGAUGCAGGAGGACGUGGACGUGGGGGAGACGCUGCCUAAUGGAGACGGAACCUUCCAGAAGAGAGUCGUGCUCACAGUGUCACCUGAGGAGAGGAAGAAGUUCAAGUUUACCUGUGAGGUGGCACACCAGAGUGGAGAGCCAAUCAUCAGGACCCUCACUGAGGUCAAUGGAAGCACUCAUCUUGGCAUCAUUACUGGGUGGAUGAUGACAGCUCUUGUUACUGUUUGGAUCAUGUCAGAAUGAAGACGUAAGGUUCACAUUAUGGAAGCCGUUAAGAGCUUCGUUCCCUGCCUGAGCAACUGAGCUGAGACCCCAGCCAGGUCCCAGGACAUGGGGAACACAGUGAGCUGUUGCUGCCGUGCAAAUCCUGGGGACCGCCAGGAGGAGGAGCAGCGGUCACGACAUGAGGGCAGUCAGAGCCAGCAGACCUCUGUCGAAGUAUUGGAGGGUGGCUCAGUGACACCACGCACUACUAGUGCAGAUAGCUUUGACUCACGAUUGCUCACCAAUGAUGAGGGCACUAGCCAGUCAAAACUAGACCUGCCAGAGAUCUUGCAACAGGUGAAGCCUAGUGCAUCCAUACUUGCCACCAACGUCCAUGUGGAGGCAGCUUCUGCUGUGGACAAGAGUAUACUCCAAUAUCAAGAGGAGGUAGCUGCUGCAGGGCUGGUGUCGGAAGUUUUGACCGAGAGCAAACUCCGAUAUCAACAGGAGGUAGCUGCU